UUAUCAUGGCGGAGGACGAGGAUGGUGUUUCAAAUAAAAAGUCGCCUCAAAAUACAAAUGAAGGAGCACCAUCGCAAGAAAAUGAACAGAAUGCAGCAAAACCUGACUUAGGUAUCGAAGAAGCAAAGUACAAUAGCAAUGAAAAUGGUGACGCAUCGCAUGCGGAGGCGAAAAGUUCUACCAAGUCUACAGGGGCGACGCGGAAAGAUGAGAACCCGUUUUCGUUUCGGCAUUUUCUGAAGCGGGAUCUUUCGUUGCCGGGUAACUCAACGUAUGAAAACACUGGCGCCCGUCCGAAAGUGUAUGCGAACACCGUGCAGCACUCCCCGACCAAGAUAGACGUACAUGCUGACUCGAGGCGGGAGAAGCCGCGCUCGAGCGACGCCCAAGCCAAAGAGAAGACUAACGAAGGCAGCAGCCAUCGUAUAAGUGACAACACAUCCUCAAGUAGUUCUGUAGAAAUACCUUUUAGUGUAGUGGAUAACUCAGAUUCUAAGCAUAACUUUUACACGGACAAUAAUGACGUGCCGUUCUAUCACAGACCUAAUUUGGCUUCGGAGCCUCUCGGUAUGCCUUCGUUGCCUGAUUUCGUACAAGACCACAUAUUAGUGGAACAGGCAUAUUUGAACUUUAAUGGGCCAAUAUCGGUGGAUUUGGAUAACUUACCGGACUUUACGUUUAAUACUAGUUUCAAUGCGGGAUCGUCUUCCUCGUUGGGUAGAAGGAAUAAUAGUAGUUAUGGUGGUAGGGGUUAUGAUUAUGAAUCGUAUAUGGGAGCGGCGUCUACAUCGAAUGAGGCUGGCCAGGCAGGCAGUGGGAUGCCGCUGGACCUGCCGGCUGGUGCUGAAGCAGCAGGGCCUGUGCCCUUGGACCUGCCACCGCACCUGAGUCUGGAUCUGACUGAGUCUGUGAACCCUGUAGAUAGAAGGAAUGUCUCUCCAAGAAGUAAUUUCCCACUGGAUCUGCCUCCUAAUGCUGGAGCGGAGUCGAUGUGCCUCCCGGAUUUCCUACCGGUUCAUCCGGGACGGACGUCACCGGAACCGGAGCAUCAAGAUGAACAGAUGCAGCAGAUUAUGGCCGAGUUGGAACGGACCAGAAGCGAGCUAUUCGCGGAGAGGUCUCGUCGGUGUCGCGUGGAGGAGGAGUUGGCGCUGGCGCGCGCGGCCGCCGCGCAGCUCCGCGCCGACGCGCACGUACUCGCGCAGCGACGCGCGCACGAACUCGACCGCGCCGGACCGGCCAGUGAGCCUGCCAGUCGGACGACAGACUCGGAAGCCACUAUAGCUAGAUUGAAGAAUCAAAUUAAGAAAUUAAAGGAGGAGCUGUCAGCUCGCGAGUCGGAGGCGCGGUCCCUGCGCGGCACGCAGGCGGGCGCCGCCGCCGCGCUGCGCCGCGCCACCGGACUCGCCGAGACCUCGCUACGAGAGCUCCUGUCCGGACUAGAACAACUAAAGACACUCAGUUCUUCCCUAGACCCGACAUGAUGCAGAUCUUCCACCCCCCCCCCCUCCUCACCUCGCCACCCGAUAGAGACGGACCAUUGUGGUAGGAAAUAACAUGUAAUGCAUUACUAUAUUUAUUUAACAUCACGACUUUAUUUAUGUUAAAGGGUAGGCAGUAACAGGUAGUAGAUGUUUUUUCUUUCUUUAUGUCAUAAGUUAAACGAGCAGACGGAUCACAUGAUGGUAAGCAAUCGGCGUCGCCCA